GGGAAGUUGGCUGGCUCUCAAGGCAGAGUCUCUCCUCAAAGGCUGUUUCACAGUGAAAAUAUGCUCAGUGCAGCUGAGUGCAUGAAUGAAUAAGCCUCUGGUACCUUCUAGUCUGGCAAAAUGCAGCACAAAACUGAACUUGCUCUGUCCUUUCUCCUGUCCCAGGUUCUGCUGCUUGCUUGUGCAGAUUUAGAAUGUGUCCCUGGAUUCCAGCAAAAGGCUUUUUAUAUUGAAGAACCAUUUCAAUUCGCAGAGGACCAGCCAGUUCUGAAACUGAAAUUUGAUGACUGCAAGGGGAAUAACAAAUUGACCUUCGAAGUUUCUAACCCAAAUUUUAAGGUGGAACGCGAUGGGACUUUAGUUGCACUAAAGAAUAUGUCAGAAGCUGGCAGAGCCUUGUUUGUCCACGCACAGUCUGAGCAUGCUGAGGAUAUGGCAGAAAUUUUGAUUGUAGAAGAAAAUGAAAACCGCGGUGCAUUAAAGGAAAUCCUCAAGAUAGAAAGCAACCUUGGAUUUCCAAGACAAAAAAGGGCUAUUUUGGCUUCUCCAGUAUUAGUUCCUGAAAAUCAAAGAGGACCAUUCCCUAAAUCUGUUGGCAAGGUCAUCAGUAGUUUAGCGGGAGAUGGAGUAAGAUUUCGGCUCUCUGGUAAGGGAGUAGAUCAAGACCCAAAAGGAAUUUUUAAAAUCAAUGAGAUCACUGGGGAUAUUUCCGUGACCCGAGUCCUUGAUAGAGAAGCAACUGCCAGUUAUGAGCUUGAAGUUGAGGUCACUGAUGUAAAUGGGAAAAACGUUGAUGGUCCAGUCCGCCUAGAUGUUUUUGUUAUUGAUCAAAAUGAUAACAGGCCAGUGUUCAAAGAAGGACCCUAUGUUGGCCAUGUGAUGGAGGGAUCCCCUACAGGAACGACUGUGAUGCGUAUAACAGCAGUUGAUGGUGAUGAUGCUAACACAGACAACGCUCUUCUCCGGUAUGACAUCCGCAAACAGACACCUGCCGAACCAUCUCCAAAUAUGUUCUUUAUUGACCCAGAAAAGGGAGAUAUUGUUACAGUAGUGUCAUCUGUACUGUUAGAUCGUGAGACAAUGGAAACCCCAAAAUAUGAAUUAGUUAUUGAAGCUAAGGAUUUGGGUGGUCAUGAUGUGGGACUAACUGGUACAGCAACCGCCACUAUUCUUAUUGAUGACAAAAACGAUCAUGCACCAGAAUUUACCAAGAAGGAGUUUCUAGCUACAGUAAAGGAAGGAGUCACAGGUGUAAUAGUAAACUUAACCGUUCGUGACCGAGAUGACCCAGCAACUGGAGCGUGGAGAGCUGUCUACACCAUUAUUAAUGGAAAUACAGGGCAGAGUUUUGAAAUCCAUACCAAUCCCCAGAAUAAUGAGGGAAUGCUUUCAGUUGUCAAACCUUUAGACUACGAGAUUUCGGCAUUUCACAGGCUGAUGAUCAAAGUGGAAAAUGAAGAUCCACUGAUUCCAGACAUAGCAUAUGGCCCGAGUUCCACAGCAACAGUUCAGAUCACUGUUGAAGAUGUGAACGAAGGCCCAGUUUUCCACCCAAACCCGAUGAGAGUGACAAAACAAGAAAACAUUCCUAUUGGCAGUAAGGUGUUAACAGUAAAUGCCACUGAUCCAGACACUUUGCAACAUCAGACUAUCAGAUAUUCGAUUUACAAGGAUCCGGCAGGCUGGCUAGAAAUCAACCCUACCAAUGGUACCAUUACUACCACUGCUACCCUGGAUCGGGAAUCUCUUCAUGUUCAGAAUAACACAUACACGGCUCUCUUUCUGGCAAUUGACAAUGGUCACCCUCCUGCUACUGGUACAGGAACUUUACACAUUACCUUGGGGGAUGUUAAUGACAACGUCCCAUCCCUUUACCCAACACUGGCAAAAGUUUGUGACGAUGCGAAAGAUCUCAGGGUAGUGAUACUCGGAGCAACAGACAAAGACCUUCCUCCCAACACAGAUCCAUUCAAAUUUGAACUGAGUAAGCAAUCUGGCCCAGAAAAAAUGUGGAGACUCGCCAAGCUUAACGAUACUCAUGCCCAGGUCAUCCUGCUUCAAAACCUGAAAAAGGCCAAUUACAACAUCCCAAUCUCGGUGACAGAUUCUGGGAAUCCGCCUCUGACUAACAACACAGAGUUGAAAUUGCAAGUGUGUGCCUGCAAGAAAUCCAAAAUGGAUUGCAGUGCAGCCGAUGCCCUUCAUAUCAGCAUGACCCUUAUUCUUCUUUCGCUUUUCAGCUUGCUUUGUCUGUAAGAACUGAAAUUUGAAGCUGUUGUACCGAGUUGCCAUGACAACAAGAGAAAAGAAACCAUCAGAUCUGAAGAUUGCAGUUUUCACUUACUUUCUUCACUACUAGGCCUCAGUUGCUCCAAAUUCAGUUUAAUUUGCAGCCUCACUUACUCUGUCCAACUGUAUAUUGGUGUUUGACAGCCUUUAACUUACCUGCCAUUUGUUAACGUAUCUGUCUUGCAAGAUGCAAGGCUGAUGCGAAAUUUCUCUGAAUGUUACAAGACCAGGAUAUCUAAACUGGAGUUUGGGGGAACAGAAAACAGAUUGACUUAAUUUUUUCUCUAUCUAUCUGUUGACUUGUUGCUAUUGAACCGUUCAGAAAAUAUUUUGUCUGUGGGUUAGUAUUUGUAUAUGUAUGAGUGUAUGUAUAUACAUAUAUAUUUAUAUAGAGAGAAGAGUUAUACCACAGGUUUAGCUUUUGUAAAAUAUUCAUCUGGAGUGGACAAGGGAUAAUACAGCUACAGAUGAAUUGUAACUGUUCUAUCGUAGCUAAACCUACCGUGUUUGCUGUUUCUAGUGUGGCCAGAAGGAGAGAGCCUGUUGCAAUCAGAAGGCUCCAACAGCCACUUUGCUGACACAGUCACAUCAGGCCCAAGGCUCUGUAGUGUCACUUGUACCUCAGGGUCAGAAAGCAAGAAAUAGAAGCCCCCUUGGGCUUGUUUCUGAUCUGAACUGCUUUCCUUAUGUACCAGAAGGAAUUUACAGUUGGGCAGGAACACUGCUUUGUGCUCCCCACGUCAGUGUGAGCCGCACUGGCAAGUUCUGGGAAGUGAAGGUCUGCUCUGGGAAAGCAGGACUGGACCAGUCAUGAUUCACAGUGGUGGGAGUGCUGGGCCUGAUUUUUAAAGGGGAUAUAGUCAGCUUUCUUUAUGCUCCUGUAUUUGUCAGGGCAGGCUACAAAAUGUAAGUGGGUCUUUCAUCAGCUUUGCAGACGUGCCUCAGGAGGUGGAUGUCUGUACAUGGGAAGCUGAUUAGAACAGCAAAAGCAAAGGAUUGCUCAGAAGCUCUGGUAUCUCUCUCAGCCUCUAUGCAGCUGUCCUUACAUACACAAGGGCAAGGAGAAAAACAUGCCCUAUGCUAUAUUCACAUACAUACUCAUAGUUUUGAAUAUAUAUAUACAUACAUACACAUACACACAGUUUCCAGUUAAGAGUAACAAGAGCAUUUCUUUGCGCGUGUAAACUUACCACACUUAUUUGCAGACGUGGGGAGAAAAGCGUUUGUCAUAUAUGAAUAUGAAUUGUUUUUUAUUCUGUGAGCAUGUAAGGUUAAAAAACCCCUUCUAAUUGUAUCAAGAUGAUCAUCUUGUUAUUAAAUUGUGAAAGAUCCAUCAAAGCUCACACCAAAUUUUUUUAAAAUUAACACAAAAAGUAUGCUAGUGACAGACUGUGGCUUUUAUUAGAGUUGCCAGUGACUAGGGUAAGGUAAGUGUCUUAGAAUAUUUUACUAAACUUGCUUCUUUAAAGUUUAAACAAGAAAGCUUCUUUAUGCAAUAGAACUUUGCAGCUGCAUUCUUUAGUUAGCAUUCUUACCGUAGUUAUAAGUCAUACUGUAUGUUGUCUUUACUACAGUGAGAUUAUGAGCAUAUAUUCCAUAACACGUAUAUGUUUCAGUAGGAAAGAUUUUGGGAAGUAUUAUAAAGUCCAAACAUGCAUUUAGUUUGCCAUAAUGCUACACUAGAUAUUAAAUGUGUGUUGGUGGAUAAAAUUUGCUGUAUAGUAGCUUUUCUCUAACUUCCUGUAUUGUACCAAAUAUGAAAAAGGUCCUUUUUUUGUUUUGUUUUCUUUUUGGUUUGUUGUUUUUUUUUUUUUUUUUUUUUUUUUUGGUUGUUUGGUUUGGGGUUUUUGUUUUGUUUUGUUUUAUUUUUUGUUUUAAUCAAAAGGAGUAAAGUGACAGAGGAAAAAUUAUUUUUUGUUGCGGACUUCCCUAACAUCAUAGAUUUCUUUUGUGCAGUGGACUUUCUUAACAUCAUAGAUUUCUUGCUAAGAUAUAAGCUGCCCUCAGACAGGAGUUUGUUUUUCUCUAGCUUAACUCCUGCAGUCCUGACCAUGUACAACUUCCCACUGACCUUGUUUCUCUUGCAGCACGUUUUAGGUGUUUCAGUUAUCAAACUGGUACUCUGAGGCUGGUAGGAGGUUCUGCUGAGCAAAGCCUUCAGGAAUGGGCUGUUAGGCAGAUGCAGGCAUUUCAGCAGGGAAGUGCCUGAUCUCAAAAUUUAACAUGGGCAUGCGUCUAGUUCUCUUUCUCUGCCAUGCCUUGUAAUAAUAAUCUGCUGCUACUUUACCAUCAUGUCUUUAAAAAAAAACCAUAUUCCUUUCAGGCAAAUUUUUCAAAAGGAAAAAAAUAUCAACAAAUGCAUAACAUAACUGCAUUUUCAAUGUGGAUAUUUAAUGAAAGCAUCCAAAUGCACCCAAAUAUAAACUGCACUCUGUGAUUUGAUCUAUCUUGAAUAUCUUGAAUAAAAGAAAUUAUAAUGCUCUCCCCCACAGAUACUCUUUUUCUUCUUGCUUUCUUCCCCACUCUAUCCGGCAAAACCCACCUCUGGGAAGUCACCCGCUGACAUUAGUGUCAUUUCUAUCAAGUUCCAGAUAAAGCUACUCUUUUCUCAUUUAAACCGAGGCUUACACAACAUUUGCUAGAUCAUUACAAGGGCAUCCAAAAUGAGUAGCAAAGACAAAUCCCUCCUGCCUGGAACUAUGCUAACAGUGGGAAGACUCUAGCUGAGGACAAGAGAUCUUUCUUGGAUAACACCACAGCUUUUUGGCAACUAGAGAGGUCAGCCUCAUGGCUGAAACUCUGAAUCAAGAUAGAUACGUUGAAGCCUCCAUUCACCAUUAUCCUGUUACUUACGCACCUAUAUUAGAGCCUCCAGGCUUUACUGUUUGUCUCUAGGCUUCAGACAGAACUAAUCAUUAGACUCCUUAAGCAUGCAAAGAGAAGAUGAAACUGCCAUGUUAAUGUUUCUCCUUCUCUGUGCCUGAAAACAAACCUCAUUUAACAAAAGAUCAUGGCACUUUCUGUAGUGUUAUGCAGGUGAGGAACCAUAUUAGAACCUGAGUUUUCCUACCUGAAUAAGAUUGUCAGCUCUGGAUCAAAAAUUGAUGCCCAUUUCCUGAAACAAAGGAGCAACAAUAAUUUGUAAGUUUUUCUACAGUAUCACGAAAAAGUAGAGAUUUAACAAAAUUGGUAGCCUUUUUUUUUUUUUUAAUAAUUAUGUUUAACAUUUGUUUAGCCAAGCUUGCUGGUUUUGUAAUAGAGCACUUAUUUCUACCUACCUAUUUUGGUCAUGAUAAUGUUUAUUUCAGUGUGUGUCUAUAGACAUACAAUGCUGUUGAGAGUCAGAAAGGCAGUGAACUUGCUGAUUUUCAUUUUGUAACAUGCACAAAACUUCUUGUGAUAAAAUAAUUUUAUCUAAAAAGAGUAUCUGGUGUUAAAACACAAAUCGGUUAUAGCAAUCAGUGAGAGGAGUUUAUUAGUGAAACAAGGGUCUUAUUUGUGAUUUUCUUGCUACUUGAACCGUUGUCUGUACACCUUAUGUGUGUGCUUUUACAAUAUGCCUAUGUGCAUUUAUUAAUAUACAUUUUGUUCAGUAACUGUAGGUCUGAAGAUUAAAACAAAGGGAAAUGGCCUGAAUUUCCUACUGGAUAUCGAGGAAGAUUAGGUAAGAGUGGGACACUGGCUCAUACACUUUCUGAGCCCUGUUCUCAUCAUGUUUACACUGGUGUAAAUCAAAGAGCAACUCCGUUACUAGAAUUGUUUGCAAUUCAGUUAAUCAUAUUUAGAUGAAAUUUUUUAACUAAACCUCACCACAAGUUGCUUUCACUGGUCUAUUAUGAACAGUAAAGCAGCAAUAUUUGUCACAGAAUUGUUGAGUACUUACGUAUUAUCAAAAGUCUGUCUUUCAUGACAUACAGAGAAACCUACAACUUAGAUGCCUCCCACAGAUGACUCUCUUGUUUGACUGACCACUUCAACAUGUCUCUAAGGCACCAGCAUAAAUUGGUUUAAUCUUUGCUUGAAAUGGCUGUGGCUUGUAGUCAUAUAAUCCAUCCUAGUCUCUUACGUAGUCAUUUAAUUAGGGAUCAUUAUAAUACAAACUCAUUUAUUAAAUUAUUCACUUACAAUCAGCUUGUAGGGCCCCAGCUUAAAUAUUUUAUCACUACAAAAAGACAAACAUAUAUUAACAACUGUUACAUCACUGGUCCUUCCCUUAGAAAGUCCUCCUGUCUGAAAUAAUGAGAAAGCUGUCAAUUUUCUUCAAAAUUGCUACUAAUAGUCUCAGCCACUUGAAACAGCAGAACUUUGUACACAUAAUUUUACAUCACUGUUUGUCUAAAGGCUAAGUUUCUUUCUGAAUGGUUUAAUAAUGUCUUAUUUAAUUUAAAAAGUCCACAAGAUAAUAUUAAAGUCACAUCAGCUUGAGAACAUCAAGUUUAAGGCAAAACUCUGAUCCUAUCUUCCUUUUAUCGCACCUCUAGAAAUUCUGUUGUCUGAGGUACGCUAUCCGAUGCUAACAAAAAAAUAAAUAACUAAAAUAACAAUUAUUUUAACUCAAUUAACUCUGUGAUUUAUAAUCUUUAGAACUAACAUGCAAAGUACAUUAGUAAUUAUCAUUAUUCUAUUUAAAGCAAAUAUAGCUAUUUUACUAUGUAAACCACACAACCCGUUAACUACACUGUUCUCUUGCCUUACACCAAGAUAUACUAGUUGAUUUGUAUCUGUCCAAUGAAAUGGAUACACUCAUACACUCAAUGGAAAGUUACUAGUUGCACAAUUCCUAUGUGUGUAUAUAUGUAGAUAUAUAGAGAUAUACACAUACACAUAUAUAUAUAUAUAAAAUAUAUACAGAUAGAGGGAGACUAAUACAACAUGAAGACUUGGAAUAAACAGUUUAAUUCCAUGACUUAUGGAUGAAUACAUGAGGAAAGGGAUAGCGUGAUGUAUGCCAAACCAGUCUGAUUUAAAAAAAAAAUAAAAAGAAAAAAGGCAAAACCCCAUGCACUAAACUCCAGGCUUAUCCCAACUCUCAUAUUGUAUUUAUGCUACCUUUAGCUGUCCCCUUCUAACACAAUUAUAAAAUUUGAAGAUAUGCAUCAUUAUUUACUGAUUCAUUUUUAGUUUUCUAUGUAUCAGCAGGUCACCAGUAGUGGAAAGGGAAGGGUCUAUAGCCAGAGUUCUGCAUUACUGUGCUUUCAGUGGGACAGCUGUUUGGAAAGUUUCAUCCACCAUACACUCCUGCUCUGCAUCAGUAAAUGACUGAAUUGAUGACUUGGGGUUAAAAUGAAUGUAGCUUACAGCCAGACACGUGUAUGGCCAUGCCUACAUACACCCCUGUGAGAGCACAGCUGGUGGGCUUUAGUGGUGAAUUCAGUACAAGCUGGCUUGUUACUGCUGUUUCAGACAGAACCCUUCCAUGAUAUCAUACUUUCCCAUUACAAACUCUGUCUCUUAAGCUACCACGGGGAUCGUUCUUACUAUGAUUUUCUUUUCUUUUUUUUCUUUUUUUCUUUUUUUUUUUCCCCCAGAAGGAAAAGACUUUGAUUUUAAAGAUACGUAAUUUAGCUAUUUUUCCAAUUAAACGUCCUUUUGGGCCCUAGUUGCUGAAUUGCUUGCUGUUUCUGAGGUGUAAAUAAACGUUUCGAUUUAUGACGUGGUUGCAAAGAAACUUGUAAUUUAUUUGUGAAAUGCUGAAAUAAAAGUUGUAUGGGCUUUUACCUUC